AUGUCAGACAUUACUCAACAGAUGAACAAUUUAAAUGUACAAGAUAAUAACCCAUCUUAUCAACAACAACAACAACAACAAAAUGGUAGAAGACAAUAUGUACCACCUCAUUUAAGAAAUAGAUCAGCACCUCCACAACAACAAGAUGAUGUACAAUAUGGAGGAGGAUCACGUCGAGGUGGAUAUAAUAAUAAUUCAAACGGCUACCAAAAUUCAAGAGGUAAUUAUGGUAAUUCAUCUCCUAAUUAUAGAGGUAAUAGUAAUGGAUUUUCAAGAGGUGGAUCAAGAGGUGGUAGUUUUGGUUCAACUGGUGGUAGAUUCCAAAGAACAACUCCAGGAGUUGGUAAAUGGGUUGAUGGUAAACAUGAACCUGCUCCAAAUAAUGAAAGAUUAGAAUUAGAAUUAUUUGGUACUGCUGAUGAUUCACAUUUUCAAAGUUCAGGUAUUAAUUUUGAUAAUUAUGAUGAUAUUCCAGUUGAAGCAAGUGGUGAAGGAGUACCAGAACCAAUUACUCAAUUUACUGCUCCUCCAUUAGAUGAAUUAUUAGUUGAAAAUGUUAAAUUAUCAAGAUUUACAAAACCAACUCCAGUUCAAAAAUAUUCAGUUCCAAUUGUUGCUGCAGGUAGAGAUUUAAUGGCUUGUGCUCAAACUGGUUCAGGUAAAACUGGUGGAUUUCUUUUUCCUGUAUUAUCUGAAUCUUAUAUGAAUGGACCAGCUCCAAUUCCUGAAUCAACUGGUGCUUUUUCAUCUCAUAAAGUAUAUCCAACUAUUUUAGUUAUGGCACCAACAAGAGAAUUAGUUUCACAAAUUUAUGAUGAAAGUAAAAAAUUUGCUUAUAGAUCAUGGGUACGUCCUUGUGUUGUUUAUGGUGGUGCAGAUAUUGGUAAUCAAAUAAGACAAUUAGAUAGAGGUUGUGAUUUAUUAGUUGCUACUCCAGGUAGAUUAAAAGAUUUAUUGGAAAGAGGAAGAGUUUCUUUAGCAAAUAUUAAAUAUUUAGUCCUUGAUGAAGCUGAUAGAAUGUUAGAUAUGGGUUUUGAACCACAAAUUAGACAUAUUGUUCAAGAAUGUGAUAUGCCAAAUGUCGAAGAUAGACAAACACUUAUGUUUUCAGCUACUUUCCCAAGAGAUAUUCAAAUGUUAGCUCGUGAUUUCUUAAAAGAUUAUAUUUUCUUAAGUGUUGGUAGAGUUGGUUCAACUUCAGAAAAUAUUACUCAAAAAAUUUUGUAUGUUGAAGAUGAUGAGAAAAAAUCAGUUAUUUUGGACCUUUUAAAUGCAGAUCCUACUGGAUUAACCAUUGUAUUCACUGAAACUAAAAGAAUGGCUGAUAAUUUAGCUGAUUUCUUAUAUGAUCAAGGAUUUCCAGCUACUGCUAUUCAUGGUGAUAGAUCACAAUAUGAAAGAGAAAAAGCUUUAGCUGCUUUUAAAAAUGGUGCUGCACCAAUUUUAGUUGCAACAGCAGUUGCUGCAAGAGGUUUAGAUAUUCCAAAUGUUUCUCAUGUUAUAAAUUAUGAUUUACCAAGUGAUAUUGAUGAUUAUGUUCAUAGAAUCGGUCGUACUGGUCGUGCAGGUAACGUUGGUAUUGCAACUGCAUUCUUUAACAGAAACAAUAAAAAUGUUGUAAAAGGUUUAGUUGAAUUAUUAAGUGAAGCAAAUCAAGAAGUUCCAGAUUUUUUAACAAAAGUUGCAAGAGAAAGUGCAUUUGGUAAAGUUGGAGGUAGUAGAGGAGGUGCAAGAGCUGGUGGUUUAGCUACAAGAGGUUCCAAUAGAGAUUUUAGAAGAACUGGUGGUAGUAGUGGUGCAUCAAAUUGGGGUAAUAAUUCUUCAAGUGGUUGGGGUAAUUCUUCAAACAAUGGUGGAUGGGGUAAUUCAAAUAGUAAUGGUUAUUCAAAUGGUGGAAAUGAUUUUGGUUCAAAUUCACGUUCAAGUUUUAAUGAUAAUUCAAGUUAUGGUAACCCAUCAUCAACUUCAAAUUCAUGGUGGUAA